AUGAAACCCUCCGCCGCACCGAUGACCCACUCCGUCGCACCGAUGGAACCUACUGGCCAACCUGGCAUCUCCGGUGAUACCUCUUCGAAGAAACGUAACGGCAAGGCCGUUUUCUGCUCCGACGUCUCAUCCGACAAAAACGAUGGCGUCGUGAAGUUCAGAAAUGUGACGAACGCAUUCACGAAGAUCCUUAUUGGUCUAGAGAUGCUUCUGAUCGACGAAGAGGGCACUGUGAUUCAGGGAUUCAUCCCACCAUCGAGGAUUGACACCUAUCUGCGAUACAUGAUUCCCGGUUCCACUUACAGACUUAACAACUACUUUGGUUCUAAGACCAAGAAGGUGUAUCGGGUUGCUGAUCCAGACGUCACCAUUGCUUUCUCAUGGAACUCUGUACUAUCUGUUCUCACAGAUAGUUAUAUACAGUUUCCUGAAGAUCGAUUCCGUUUCCAUGGCUAUGAAGAGUUCGAAGCGGCUUGCGACCUCAAAAGGGAUCUGUUUGAUUACAUUGGUCAUAUUAGAUUGGUGAAUGAGCAGACUCUUACCGAGGGUCUUGUGCUGGAUGAGCUCUACUUAUGGGAUAAGGCAGAUACAGACUUCUGUGAGAAGUUUAAAUCGCUUGGAAAAUAUCCAAGUGUUAUUUUAGUGACAACUGUGAAUCCUAAACGUUUUGGAGGUGCUUUAUCUUUGUCAUCCCUAUCAUCUUUAAGGGUGUUUUUUGAUAUGGAUGUUCAAGCAACCAGGAAGUAUCUGGCUUGGUUUGUGUCAAACUCAGAAGUUGCUAAUAGAGUUAAUGCUGAGAUUGUAACCAAGGCUGAGACAGAUACUAUAGGGGAGCUACUCUCUUACAUGAAGCAAGAAGAUGCGAAGGUCGCUUGGUUUGAGUGUACAGCUACAAUUGAUGAUGUUGUGCGUGAUUCCGCAUGGUAUUACAUCGCUUGUGGUGGGUGCAAGACUAAAGCAACUAAAGGACCUACCACGCUUAUGUGUAAGAAGUGUGGAAAGACUGAGAUCACAGGUGCUGCAGAGUAUCUCACUAAGCUCUCCGUCUAUGACAACAAUGAUUAUGCGAGCUUUGUGGUUCUCGGUGAUGAUGGGCAGGAAUUAACUGGGAAGAAAGCCUCCGGUUUGGUUGAGAGCUACUAUGAGGCUUACGAGGGCGCAUUAGAUGGGCAUGUAGUCCCGGUGCCGCAAGCCCUCAUUAAUAUCAUUGGACAGACACGCACGUUCGUUAUCAAGAUAUCAAAGCACAACGUGGAAGGCAAGACUCAAUCUUUAACAGUCACCAAGGUACUCCCUCUUGAUGGUCAAGCGCUUGGAUGCGAUUUAGCAGCCGACGUGGCUGUCUCUCCUACUGCGGUGGCUUUGGGAAGUGGUAACGGUGAGGAAGGUUCUUCCAUUGCUAAAUGUGGCUAA